GCUGGUCCCGUCAUUCCGGAAGUCCACGUCAUCUCACGGUGUUAGAGUUAUCGAGAGAAGCCAGAGUGAGACCGAACAGCUCCGGUUCUGCUCCGGUCUGGAGUUCAAACUGUAUAAAACAAACACGUCUUCUUUAUUUGAGUAACGGAAUGGCGGACGACGCCACCCGCAGGGCCGUGUCGCAGAUCCCCCUGCUGAAGACGCACGCGGGGCCGCGGGACCGGGCGCUGUGGCCGCAGCGGCUGAAGGAGGAGUACCAGGCGCUGAUCCAGUUCGUGGAGCAGAAUAAAGAGGCCGACAACGACUGGUUUCGCCUUGAGUCCAAUGCGGACGGCACGCGCUGGACCGGUACGUGUUGGUUCAUCCACGAGCUGCUGCGCUACGAGUUCCGGCUGGAGUUCGACAUCCCGGUGACGUACCCGGACACCGCGCCAGAGGUGGCGAUCCCGGAGCUGGACGGGAAGACCGCCAAGAUGUACCGGGGAGGGAAGAUUUGCCUAACCGAUCACUUCGCGCCGCUCUGGGCCCGGAAUGCGCCGCGCUUCGGCCUCGCGCACCUCAUGGCUCUGGGACUGGGCCCCUGGCUCGCGGUGGAGGUGCCCGACCUGAUCAGCAAGGGGCUCGUGGUCCACAAGGAGGGUCAGCGUGAGGCUGUGGAGUGACGGGUCCGUCCAAAAGUUUAACAACUGACAAAGAAAGAACUGAGACUGUUAAAAUAUGUUCCGAAUAUAAACUGUGUGUAAAUAAAUGAGUGUUUAUGAACAUUUUUGAACUGUAAUGAUUAAAGCUGGACAUUCUGCUGUUAUUAUAA